UAGUAUUCAAUCGCUUGACGUCGAACAGGAUACUUGCGUGGAAAAAACAAUAAAACCGAACCAAUGAUUGCCAUCAAUGGUUCAACCAAAUGUAGCGACAUUUUUCGUGAAGCGCUUAAAUUCACUUGGUGCGAGUUUGUCGAGCGAACGACUAUCCAUGGAUUGCGAUACAUACUGGACGAACAGGGAAACAAGUUCACUCGUACCCUGUGGUUGAUUGUAACGGUAGUUGGGUUCAUUGCAUCGAAUGUACUGGUCGAUACAUUCUGGCUUCGGUACAAAGCCAAUCCGACACGAUUGAGAGUUGACUCGUUUCAUCAACCGUUGAAUAUGUUGGAUUUGCCAGCGAUAACAAUUUGUGAUGGACAGCAUAUCAAUGAGGAUCGUGCGAGGAAGUUUAUUGAUCAGUUAACUCUGCCAUCCAACGUUUCAAAAACCGAUUUACUCAAAUAUUUGGCCCAAGCAUCUGCGUUUACAGGCAACGACGCUUACAACGACCAAGAAAUGAGCAUCCUACAGACUAUUCUCAACAACAAUGAUAUGUCCGUCUCAACAACAAUGGAGGCAAUACAGACACCGUGCAGUGAUUUAUUGGUGCGGUGCCGUUUCGAGUAUCAAACUCGUCCAUGCAUGGAACUGUUCCAAGACUCGCUAACCUAUCUGGGAAUAUGUUGUACAUUCAAUGCCAGAGACAAUUUCUUGCAUACGCAGGAUUUUGGGCGUCGUGGCGGACUCUCAGUUAUGAUUCAACCGACAAGGAACAGUGUUUACUCAAAGUCGUAUUCCAGGGAAGUGAAACUACUGGUCCAUAAAAGUAUAGACUUUCCCAGCGAUCUGAGUGUGGUGGAAAUGUUGUCCCAUCAAAGCGAAAAUAAUGUUGAGGUUCACUCAAGCAUAACGAAAUGUUCAUCAGCUGUGCAAGCAUUAUCAUUCGACGAACGUGACUGUAUUCUAUCUACAGAGAAGCGUCUAAGAGUCUUUCAAGAAUAUACCGAAAAUAAUUGCAAUGUUGAGUGCCGUGCAGGGCAAAUAAUCCGACUGUGUGGCUGCUUGCCGUACAAUUAUCGCCUCAAUUCAAGAUCUAAGUAUCCGGCUUGUAAUUUUACAAAAAUCAACUGUUUGGUGGCGAAUUAUUUUGAAAUUCACGAAAGUCGAAUGCAUCAACGAGACACCUGCACCUGCCCACCGGAUUGUAAUUCAGUGUCGUUCGACGUAGCGAUAUCGAAGCUACCUCUAGUUACUUUCGCCGAUUUUACAGAGGACGAAUUUUACGACGGGCUAAAUGACAGUCAUUUGAUUGCACGAAUUUCUUUCGGGAAACAAGUUUACAGGGAGCUGCGACGAGACCUGCUGAUUAACAUCAUUACUUUAGCAUCUGGCCUUGGUGGAAUUUACAGUUUAUUCAUUGGAAUGGGAGUGUUGACAUUUUUCGAAAUCUCGUACUUUCUAACCAUUCGUCUGCGGUUCAAUUACAUUCAAAUAAGAAAUCAACGUGAAUCACUUCGCUUGAACGCUAGAAAAAUGUUGGCUAGUCGACUGAAGCGGAGGACCGUGUGGAAACAAAGUCAGAAAAUUGGGAGAAUAAAUUAACAUUUUGCUA